AUGUUUCACUGGACCUUUCGUUUCACAGGUGCCCUAUUAAUUCCCCUUCAAGGUCGUUCCGUCUUCUGCAUAAUGAGUACUGGAGUGAAAUGCCACAGGUCGUGUAUUGAAGCGUUUGAAGAUUUGAAGCGUAAUAAAAAGCAUCGUUACAUUCUUUACCACAUAUGUGACAAGCAAGAGAUAAGAGUCCUCCACCAGGCUAAAAGAGAUGCAACAUUCGCUCAGUUCAAAGAAGACUUGAUAAAAGCUAUGAAUGAUGGCGAAGGACGUUAUGCUGUUUAUGAUUAUGAAUCCGAAGGAAAAUUACCUACUCUGGUUUUCAUCCUGUGGGUUCCAUCAUCACUGGAUGUGAAAGUGAGAAUGAUAUAUGCUGCUUCAAAAGAAGCCAUAAAAGCAAGCCUAAUUGGUAUUAAACGUGAGGUCGAAGCAAAUGACUUGGACGAGAUUACAGAGGACGAAGUGCGCAAGAAAGCCCAAUAG